CCGCGGGCUGGACAUAGGGAGCGGCGGCGGCGCCGACGGCAGCGUGAAAGGGCGGGCAGGGCGGGCCUUCCCGGUGGCGCGGAGCCGGAGGAGUCCGGGAGGGGGCGGCAGGCGCAGCUCGCGGGCCGGACACCUGAACUUGGGACAAGUUGCCGGAGCCGCGGGGGACAGGCGGCGGACGGAUUGACCUUCAGAGAUAGGGAGCCAGUGCCAGUGGCCGCCAUGGCGUCGCGCAUCGGGCUGCGGAUGCAGCUCAUGCGGGAGCAGGUACAGCAGGAGGAACAGCGGGAGCGCAUGCAGCAGCAGGCCGUCAUGCAUUACAUGCAGCAGCAGCAGCAGCAGCAGCAGCAGCAGCAGCAGCUGGGUGGGCCGCCCACCCCGGCCAUCAACACCCCCGUCCACUUCCAGUCUCCGCCACCUGUGCCUGGGGAGGUCCUGAAGGUGCAGUCCUACCUGGAGAACCCUACCUCCUACCACCUGCAGCAGUCCCGGGACCAGAAGGUGCGGGAGUACCUGUCCGAGACCUACGGGAACAAGUUCGCCGCCCACAUCAGCCCCGCCCAGGGCUCCCCGAAGCCCCUGCCGGCUGCCUCCCCGGGGGUGCGGGCCGGACACGUGAUGUCCUCCUCAGCCGGCAACAGUGCUCCCAACAGCCCCAUGGCCAUGUUGCACAUUGGCUCCAACCCCGAGAGGGAGUUUGAUGUCAUCGACAACAUUAUGUGUCUGGAUGACGUCCUGGGCUUCAUCAAUCCUGAAACUCAGAUGCCCAACACGUUGCCCCUGUCUAGCAGCCACCUGAACGUGUACAGUGGUGACCCCCAGGUCACAGCUUCCCUGGUGGGCGUCACCAGCAGCUCCUGCCCCGCUGACCUGACCCAGAAGCGAGAGCUUACAGAUGCUGAGAGCCGGGCCCUGGCCAAGGAGCGGCAGAAGAAAGACAAUCACAACUUAAUUGAAAGGAGGCGGAGGUUCAACAUCAAUGACCGCAUCAAGGAGCUGGGAAUGCUGAUCCCCAAGGCCAACGACCUGGACGUGCGCUGGAACAAGGGCACCAUCCUCAAGGCCUCGGUCGAUUACAUCCGGAGGAUGCAGAAGGACCUACAGAAGUCCCGGGAGCUGGAGACCCACUCUCGGCGCCUGGAAAUGACCAACAAGCAGCUCUUGCUCCGCAUCCAGGAGCUCGAGAUGCAGGCUCAGGUGCGCGGCCUCCCCAUCACCUCCCCAUCGGGCGUGAAUAUGGCCGAGCUGGCCCAGCAGGUGGUGAAGCAGGAGCUGCCCAGUGAUGAGGGCCCGGGGGAGGCCCUGCUGUUGGAGGCCGAGGUCCCGGAUCCUGAGCCACUGCCGGCUCUGCCCCCCCAGGCCUCGCUGCCCCUGCCGGCCCAGCCACCUCAGCCACCCUCCCCAUUCCACCACCUGGACUUCAGCCACGACCUGAGCUUUGGGGGCGGGGGCGAUGAAGGGCCCCCAGGCUACCCCGAACCUUUGGGGCCAGAGCACAGCUCCCCGUUUCCCAACCUGUCCAAGAAGGAUCUGGACCUCAUGCUCCUGGACGACUCACUGCUACCGCUGGCCUCCGACCCUCUCUUCUCCACCAUGUCCCCCGAGGCCUCCAAGGCCAGUAGCCGCCGGAGCAGCUUCAGCAUGGAGGAGGGCGACGUGCUGUGACCCUGGCUGCCGCCAUGCUGGGGAACGGGGGCAGGCCUGGGGGCUGGGAGGCCCGGGGCCGCCUCCCUCCCACCCUUUGGGCUGCACUUGUGUGUGAGGUAGCAAACUGGCCUGCCUCACUCCUACCUGUCGGCCCCCUGUUUGGACUUAGUGCCUGCUUGGCAGCCUGUGGGGUCAGGAGAAGCCCCCCCGCCUGGCUCAGUACUCCCCAGGGACAGCCCUCUUGAUGGGGUUGGACAGGAACAGGCCUUCAGCCUGGCUCCUGGAGGUGAAAUCAUGAGGGGAAGGGAGGGGAUGGGUGUGCUAGAGGUAAGAGGAGGUCCUGGGUGGGGUGGGGGGGUGUCUCAUCUUCUGAGUCUGAUCCCCACCCCUGCCGGUGAAAGAGGACAUGUUGGAGCAGGGGGCUCAGGAAGUUCCUUUUCUGAGGCAGCGACUGGUCCAGGGAGUGCCCAGGCCUGCCUUUCUGGGACUCAGAUGGCAACAAGUCUGUCCUCCAGCCUGGCACCCCCACCCCCCUUUGGUGCUAACAGCUCUCUACCGGGUGGUGUGAGGGCGGGGGUGGCUGGAAGAGGGGGCGCUGGGUUCAAGUUAGAGCGUGGGGUCACUGCUGGAAGAGCAGCUCCCCCCAGGCUCCCCACUUUGUGCCUUUAGUAAACACUGCUUUGUA